AUGCUGCUGCCCUUCUCGCGCAUUUCGGUUGAGCUGGCGGACGACAACCCGCCCGAUUCGAAGGGGGGCGACGACGUCAGCUGUGAUCAAAGGCCUGCCGGCAUGCUUGCCUCGCUUCUUUAUCGAGCCGCGAGCUCAGCGGGGGUGAUGGGGGGCUCUGGGAAGUCGAUUUUGAACUACCUGUCGUGUGAGUGGAACUUCCUGCCCGUGCCAGGGCACCCGAACGAGGUUGAGGUGCGCUUCGCAUUGGUGUUCGAGUUUAGAAACCCCCUCUACAGCAAGAUUAUUUCAUCUAAUAUAGUCGACGUCAUGACGCGGGGCUUUGAGAAGCGGUGCGAGCAAUUAUAUGGACCUCCGUCGAAGCCGAAGCGGGUGCUGUACCCGUCUAGAGUUUAA